AAGCGAAAAAGAAAAAGAUAGAAACAAAGAAGAAAUAAUUGGGGGAGGAGAAAAAGUUGAAAACAGCGCCCUUGGUUGCGAUCGAGAGAGGUCCGAGGUUAGCGUUUUGUAGAUCUUGAGAUCAUCUGAAUAGAGAUUGAAGGGAGAGAAAUAAGGGAGAAAAGAGGAGAUCGGAGAUGAGGAAGAAGCUCGGAACGCGAUUUCCAGCGGUAUGGAAUCCAUCGAUUCGUCACGAAUAAAGAAGAUAAUGCAAGCUGAUGAAGAUGUUGGCAAGAUUGCACUGGCGGUGCCUCUUUUAGUUUCAAAAGCUUUGGAAUUAUUUCUGCAAGAUCUUUGUGAUAGGACUUACGAAGUUACUCUCCAGAGGGGGGCCAAGACAGUAAACUGCAUGCACCUAAAACAAUGUGUGAAAAUGUAUAGUUCUUUUGAUUUCCUAAGUGAUGUUGUCAACAAGGUACCAAACCUUGGUGGUGCAGAACCUUGUGGUGAUGAGAAAGGAAUCUCCCGCAGAAGAAAAACAUUAUUAGAAGAUGGAGAUGCAGAGGCAAACGAAGAGCUAAGGUCCUCUAAAAUGCCAAUGAGGGGUGCAAAUAUUAGUUCUAGAGGACGAGGGAGAGGCAGAGGGCGAGGCAGAGGGCGGCCCCCUAGCAUAAGAACCAUGGAGAUGGAGAAAGAGAAUACUGCCACGUAUAUGAAGUUUGAUGAUGACAAUAGUAUAUCACCUGAGCACGGGGUACCUAAUUCUUCAGGAGAUGUAGGAGGCACAGAGAAAGAGAGUGUUGCUCAGAGUUCAAAUCCCCGUCCAAUUGUGGAAGAAACUAAAAAGGAAGAGCCUCCUUCAUGGCCUUUACCUGAGGGUGCAACAAACAUGGGUAUUGACCCAUCAAAUCUAUACCCAACAAGUCUUGUAAAUUUAAACAUGCACAUUGAUGAGGAUGAGGACUAUGAUAAUGAAGAUUAAUGAAGUUUAGGAACUCCAUCCUUUGUGCGUAUGCGUCUAACAAAGCAAUCGUCCUUGUUCUGUAAUUAAUUUCGGCGUCAAGGAAGCAUAUAAGUAGCUAGUUUUCUUAGUUAUCCAUCCUUUUCUCACCGUACCUUUUUAAUGCUUGAGGUUAUGAAUCUUACUAUGUUGGUCUC